CCGGUGGCGGGAGCUGUGGCCGCGCACGUCGGUCAGCUGCUGUAACGCUUCCGCACGUGGUACCCCAUCCAGAGGACCCGGACCCAUGUGGAAGCUGCUCCCGGUUGCGGGCCAGGCCCGAGAACCAUUCCGACUUUUGACCAAUGUUGAGUAUGUUGUUGGAAGGAAAAACUGUGGCAUUCUAAUUGAAGGUGAUCAGUCGAUCAGUCGAAAUCAUGCUGUGUUAACUGCUAACUUUUCUGUAACCAUCCCGAGUCAAACAGAUGAAAUUCCUAUAUUGACAAUAAAAGAUAAUUCUAAGUAUGGUACCUUUGUUAAUGAGGAAAAAAUGCAGACUGGGUUUUCCCAAGCUUUGAAGACAGGGGACAGAGUUACUUUUGGAGUGUUUGAAAGUAAAUUCAGAGUAGAAUAUGAGCCUUUGGUUGCAUGCUCUUCUUGUUUAGAUGCUUCUGGGAAAACUGCUUUAAAUCAAGCUAUAUUGCAACUUGGAGGACUUACUGUAAAUAAUUGGACAGAAGAAUGUACUCAUCUUGUCAUGAUAUCAGUCAAAGUUACCAUUAAAACAAUAUGUGCCCUCAUUUGUGGACGUCCAAUUGUAAAACCAGAAUAUUUUACUGAAUUUCUUAAAGCAGUUGAGUCCAAUAAACAGCCUCCACAAAUUGAAAGCUUUUACCCCCCUGUUGAUGAACCAGCUAUUGGAAAUAAAAACAUUGAUCUGUCAGGACGACAGGAGAGAAAAAAAAUCUUCAAAGGGAAAACAUUUGUAUUUCUAAAUGCCAAACAGCAUAAAAAGUUAAGUUCAGCAGUUGUUUUUGGAGGAGGAGAUGCUAGAUUGAUAACAGAAGAAAAUGAAGAAGAAGAAAAUUUCUUUACAGCUCCUGGAAUUUGUGUUGUUGAUGUAGGAAUAACAAAUUCACAAACUCCAAUUCCUGACUCUCAGAAAACAUGGAUUCACUCAAUUAUGGAUAUGCUCCAAAGGCAAGGUCUUAGAUCUAUUCCUGAAGCAGAAAUUGGAUUGGCAGUCAUUUUCAUGACUACAGAGAAUUACUGUGAUCCUCGGGGCCAGCCAAGUACAGCAUUGAAGAAGACUCCAGGGCCAAGCUUUUCCCAAGGCUUGUCAGUCAAUGAAAAACUAAUGAUAAGUGCCCCAGUGAACACUACAACAUACGUAGCUGAAACGGAAUCAGAGCAAGCAGAUACAUGUAUGGAUUUCAGUGAAAGACCUAAAGAAACCACAAUCUCCAGAGUGGAACAAAAAUUCAGAAUGUCUUCACAAGAAAUAUCCACUGUGAAGGAACUCUCCAAAAUAAGCUCUAAUGAUAAUAAUAAAGUAUCAAAUACUCUGGUUAGGAUGAAAAUUCCAACCUGUCAGCUUUCACCAAAUAAAUUCUCAGGUGUAAAUAAAAGUAGAGAUCGGGCUUCUCAGCAGCAGACCAACUCCAUCAAAAACUAUUUUCAGCCUUCUACCAAAAAACGGGAAAGAGAUGAAGAAAAUCAAGAAAUUUCUUCACCCAAAUCAGCAAGAAUAGAAAUGUCUUGUUCUCUGUUAGAACAGACACAGCCUAUUCUACCUUCAGUAUGGAAAAAUAAGGAGCAGUCUCUAUCUCAGAGCGAGCCUGUCGAAAAGAAACCAGAUAACUUAGUUACAGAUACAGAUUUAAAAUCCACUGUGAACAGUUCUACCAGCAACUCUCUUUCUACAGAAAAACUAAGAUCAGUAAAAAGAAAAGUAAUUGAUGAUUUAGCCAUUGAAGAUGAAGUAUUGGAAGAGUUACUCAAGAACACAGAAUCAGAGUUAGAAAUUGGAGUGAAAGUUCAAAAACAAGAGGAAGAUGUCAAUAUUAGGAAAAGACCAAGAUUGGAUAUAGAAACAAAUGGCACUUUUAAUGAUGAAGCAAUACCAGAAAGUAGCAGAAUAUCUCAAGAAAAUGAAAUUGGGAAGAAAUGUGAGCUCAAGAAAGAUUCACUAUGGUCAACUAAAGAAGAACUAUCUAUCAAAGAUGAACUUCAGGAUGAUGGUGAUCUGCUUCCAAAGAAGGUGUUACUGAUUGAAUUUAGAUCACUGGUGGUUAGUAACUUUACCUCCAGAAAAGCAUCCAGUGUCAAUAGUGAUUAUGGUCAACUAAAGAAUUUCAAAAAAUUCAAAAAGGCCACAUUUCCUGGAGCAGGGAAACUUCCACACAUCAUUGGAGGAUCAGAUCUAAUAGCUCAUCAUGCUCGGAAGAAUACAGAAUUAGAAGAGUGGUACAAGCAGGAAAUGGAGGUGCAAAAUCAACAUGCAAAAGAAGAGUCUCUUGCUGACGAUCUCUUCAGAUACAAUCCUAAUGUAAGAAGGAGAAGAUAACUGAGGAUUUUAUAAAGAAGCCACAGAACAACAUUUCCCAUCAAGCAUUUAUGUCCUUUUCCUCUGGGAUAAAUGAAUAAAGUAUACAGAAGAGAUUUAAAUUA